AUGCCACCCCUCCGCUCUUCAAUAUCUAUAUUCCACCCUGUACAUAAACCGCGCCUAGCACCAUCCGGCCAAACCUGCCGACACCGCCAUCUCCGCACCUAUCAUCAUCACCACCACCACAGCGCAGCUAUCCGCAAACGACCCCGACCAACAGCAACAACCUCCCAAUCCUCUCACCCAAACUCAAUAACACACCUCAUCAAAUUCACCGCAUCAUUCACAAGUACCGCCUCGCGCCCCGCGAAAGAACAAAACCACUAUGAAACCCUCGGUCUACCUGUAACAGCCACCGCAGAUGAAAUAAAGAAAAAAUUCUACGCCCUCUCCCUGAAACACCACCCAGACCGCAACCGCACAGACCAAACCGCCAGCCAACGCUUCGCCCGAAUAAGUGCCGCCUACAACGUCCUCGGCAACACCUCGAAGCGCCAAUCCUACGAUCGAGACCAUGGCUUCCAUCACACGCAGCACGCUCACCAACACCCCACCACCCCGGCCGGGAGUCACAGUAGUCACAGCGCCCAUGCACAUCACUCAGGUGGGGGCAGUUAUGCCGGUUCAAGACCUGCCAGCGGUCUGAGUAAACGGCGGGGAACGUUUACGGGACCGCCGCCGAGUUUCUAUGCGAAUGGGGGGGUAUGGGCGGACUGGGCGGACGGCGAGUGA